AUGAAGAUAACAAAAUUGGAAACUUUUCUGGUGCAACCGCGUUGGCUCUUUCUUAAAAUCCACACGGAUGAAGGUUUAGUAGGACUCGGUGAGCCAAUUUUAGAGGGACGUGCGAAAACGUGUGCGCAAGCCGUUGACGAACUUGCCCCCUACCUCAUCGGUCAAGAUCCGAGACGUGUUGUCCACCACUGGCAAGCGAUGUAUCGCCACGCAUUCUACCGCGGCGGUCCGAUUCUGACAAGCGCGUUGAGCGGCGUGGAGCAGGCACUUUGGGAUAUCGCGGGGAAGUCGUUGGGUGUCCCUGUCUAUCAACUCUUCGGCGGACCGACGCGCGACCGCAUCAGGUUAUAUAAAGGCGGUGGCGAUCCAGAGGGAAUCAAAGAGUGGAUUGAUAAAGGGUUCACCGCUUUCAAAACAGGCGUUGCAGGCGGCAGACCCGCACGUAUCAUCGAAAAUAAAGCCUUCAUCGACAAAGCUGUAGACCAUUUCGCAGCGUUGCGUGAAGCCGCAGGCACAGAGGUUGAUCUCGCGAUUGACUUUCACGGGGCAGUCAGUCCACAGACAGCGAAGGUUCUAAUCAAGGCUUUAGAACCCUAUCAACCGAUGUUUGUGGAAGAGCCGAUUCAGUGCCAAAAUGUGGAUAUGCUCGCUGAAAUUGCCCGCGGAACGCAUCUCCCGAUUGCGACAGGUGAGCGCGUGUUCACAAAGUGGGGUUUCCGUGAAAUCUUAGAGAAACAGGCAGCAUCUAUUCUCCAACCCGACCUCUGUCACGCCGGAGGUAUCAACGAGGUGCGCAUCAUCGCCGGUAUGGCAGAAGCCUACUAUGGUGGUAUUGCGCCGCACAAUCCUCUCGGUCCCAUCUCUUUAGCGGCGUGUAUUCAGUUAGAUGCCUCUAUCCCGAACUUUCUGAUGCAGGAGCAUACGACACUCGGUGAAGGCUAUCUUAAGAAUCCAUUCGUCUUCAAAGAUGGAUUCAUUGAACUCCCUACCGGUCCUGGGCUCGGCAUCGAACUCGAUGAAGAUGCGCUCGAAGAUAAGAUUGACCACGAUUGGGAGAAUCCUGUGACAUACCAUCCAGACGACGGUUCCGUCGUCGAUUGGUAA